UGAGGGGGUGAGUGACAAAAAAACUGCUCCUUUCUUCCGAACCUCCAUCCCCAUGAUCUCAUGAAUAAAUUAUAGCGGCUCAUUGUGCAAUAGAGUGAGGAAUGCUGCGCAGCUCAGGGAAAUACUGCCGAGGGCAGAGACUACACAGACCGAGACUACACAGAGACCUAGUGGUUAUUCUACCCGUACUUUUUUAAACUACCCGAUAGCUGGUUGGGUCCGUCUUUAUAGCCAGCGAAUUUCAACUAGCCAUACGCCGGGUCUAUGCAGUGAUACACCGAUUUUAUUUUCCAAAUGCACAUGGAUAAAACAAGGUAGCCGUAUUUACUUGUUCACGAUUGCUAGUGGUGUUAAGCCGUGGACAUUUCAGAUAGCAUAACCUGCACAGAUGCAAUCGAUUUGGUAGCAAAAAGGGGAAAAGGGACAUAGCUGCUACACUAUCCACUUCUAUCGGCGUUUGCAAAACGGAUUGCACUGGUCCUUUUCAUUGAAACACACAGAGGAUUCCUACCGCGGAUCACAGAAUCACCAGUCAGAGACCGGAGCAACCUCGGGCAGCUGUGGUCGGAGACUGCCUGCCAGGUUGAGGAGUUUGGGGGUUCCCUGCAGACCCCUGUGACCCUCCGAUGAACCCCAUCAACUCCAUGAAACCUGCCUUGCCUCCCACGCCACAUAGUGACGGCUCCUACCCAUAUGAUCCUGUCCCCUGGCAGCAAGGUGCCAGUCAGCCAGGCUCUCUCUCUGUGGUAACCACAGUGUGGGGAGUGACCAGUCCUUCACCCAGCCAGGUGUUUGGCGCUCCCAUGGGUCCGGGCGGCAACUCCGCUGGCAGCCACAUGAUGCCCGGCAGCAGCCCUGGCAUGAACUCGCCGCAGUUCCUGGCGCAGCAGGGCUACCCCGAGCCCAACAAGGCCUAUCUGCAGUCGGGCAUGUACGGACGCCCCAGCGGGGCCUACCCAGCAGGCCCGGGCUACGGCGGCAGCUACCCCAGUAGCGGCGGGGGAUCCAUGGGCAUGCCCCCCCAUGGCGCCCGCCCCCCCACAGACUUCACCCAGGCCGCCGCUGCCGCGGCUGUUGCUGCCGCCGCCGCCACAGCCACCGCCACCGCCACAGCAACGGUUGCCGCCAUUCAAGAGAAACAGAACCAGGAAAUGAGCUAUGGCCCGAUGGGUGGUGCUUCCUCCUACAACACCCAGUUCCUGUCCCACUCGGGCCCUCGGGGCCCCCCAGGGAUGGGGCCGGGGGGGAUGGGCCCGGGCGGGAUGGUUGGAGCGCGCGGACCCCCCUCCAUGGGCCCCAUGUACGGACCCCCACAGGGCCAGAGGAUGCCGCAGCAUCCUGGCUACGCCGGACAGCCGGGACCACCACGACACCAGCAGGGCCUCAAGCGCCCGUAUAACUCUGAUGGUUUCCCUGGGCAGCAGUGUGGGCCUGGCAUGGGUCCCGGAGGCGGGCCGUAUCCGGGCCAGCCGAUGCAGUACCACGGAGCGGGCCCCCAGCGCUCGGCGCCCUCCCCCUCCUACCCCUCCCACAGGAUGGGCAUGCAGCCGGGGGGCAUGAGCCAGUACCCCACCGGACCCAGCAACCCCGGCCAGUACUACAAGCUCUCCCCACAGGCGGACCAGUUUAACGGGCAGGGUGCCACUCACAGCAGCCUGGCAUCUGCAGUCGCUGGAGGAGGGGGACCGUACAACACUUUCACACAGGCUGCCGUCAACGGGCCUGGGCGGACGAUGCCAGGCUACCCCAGCUCUCCGUUGCCUGGCAACCCCACUCCUCCCAUGACGCCGGGCAGCUCGAUGCCCCCCUACAUGUCGCCGGGGCAGGACGUCAAGUCACCCUUCCUCCCCGAUGUCAAGCCCAACAUCGCCUCAAUGCAGCCCCCUACAGGUAACCCUAGCGAUGACCUUCGCCUGACCUUCCCUGUGCGGGACGGUGUGGUGCUAGAGCCCUUCCGCCUGGAGCACAACCUAGCCGUUAGCAACCACGUCUUCCAGCUGCGAGACUCCGUCUACAAGACUCUUAUUAUGAGCUGUCAUGAUGGGUGCGGGUGCAUUAGCGGGCCUGACCUGGAGUUGCAGUUUAAGUGCUACCACCAUGAGGACCGGCAGAUGAACACCAACUGGCCGGCGUCGGUGCAGGUGAGCGUGAACGCCACGCCUCUGACCAUUGAGCGCGGGGACAACAAGACCUCCCAUAAGCCCCUUUACCUGAAGCAGGUGUGCCAGCCGGGACGCAACACCAUCCAGAUCACCGUCACCGCCUGCUGCUGUUCUCAUCUGUUUGUGCUGCAGCUGGUCCACAGGCCCUCUGUUCGCUCCGUGCUCCAGGGCCUCAUGAAGAAAAGGCUGCUUCCUGCCGAGCACUGCGUCACCAAGAUCAAGCGUAACUUCAGCAGUGGCACCAUCCCUGGGACGCCGGGCCUGAACGGGGAGGAUGGCGUGGAACAGACGGGCAUCAAAGUGUCGCUCAAGUGUCCAAUCACCUUCCGCCGAAUCCAGCUGCCCGCCCGUGGACACGACUGUAGACACAUACAGUGCUUUGACCUGGAGUCUUACCUACAGCUGAACUGUGAGCGAGGCACAUGGCGCUGCCCUGUGUGCAAUAAAACGGCUCUUCUAGAAGGACUGGAGGUUGACCAGUACAUGCUGGGUAUUCUCAUCUACAUCCAGAAUUCUGACUAUGAGGAAAUCACCAUUGACCCGGUGUGCGGCUGGAAGCCGGUGCCGGUGAAACCGGAUCUGCACAUUAAAGAGGAUCCGGACGGGCCUGCUCUUAAGCGCUGCCGCACCCUUAGCCCCAGUCACAUGAUCCUGCCCAGCGUCAUGGAGAUGAUCGCAGCGCUGGGCCCAGCCUCCUCGCCAUACCAGUCGCUGCCACAGGGGGGCAGCAGCCACACACCAGAGUACCCCAGCCAAGGCGGGUCAGGCUACUCUAACCAGCAGCCCGGUUUCUCGGACUUUCCUAAUGCCCCUGGGACCCCCACCAUGGGUGAGUUCGGCUCAGGCCCCCCGUCCAUCUCCUAUCAGUCGGACCUCCCCAGUGGACUUCUCACGCCGGACAAGCCCGUGGGACACCCCAUGUCUGGACAGGUGAGGCCCCACCAGCCCCAUCCAGAGACCCACUCCGCACGCUACCCGGAGACCAGACACCAGCCUCUUUCGCACAGAGGGCCCGAGAUGGCCCAUGGAGGCCGCAUGGACUCUGGCCACGGUAACCUGCAGCAGCAGCAGCAGCAACAACAGCAACAGCAGGCCAUGCACGGCAACGGCAAUCUCAGCGGCCCCGGAGGACAGAUGCACUCACGCGGCCCUUCCCAGAAUUCCCGGAUGCACCCGGACAACGCGUUUGGACUGGGCGGCCCAGGCGAUGUUCCAGAGCCAGCGCUUGAUUUGCUGCCAGAGCUGACCAACCCAGAUGAACUGCUGUCCUAUCUGGGCCCGCCCGACCUCCCCAACAACAGCAACGACGACCUGCUCUCCCUCUUUGAGAGCAACUGAUGAUGUGCCCAGUUCUCCAGGCCUCCACCUCCACUGUCUUCUGCUCCUGCAGCAAGGCCAACCACAUCCAGUCAAGACCUCCUCAGCUAUGGCACGGUUUCGUGCAGCACAGCAACACCUUCCUCAAACUUACUCCGUACUCCGCGUCCUGUGCCACCCAACCCCAGAUGGAAUAUGACAUACAAAUAAGUGAAAAUAUAUAUAUAUAUAUAUAUUUCUGCAACAUUGUAUAGAAAGAUGGGCGUCUCCACUCAUUGCCUCAAAGGGACCUGCCGGCUCUGAAACAGACCCGAGCCAGGACUGGACCAGAGGCUCUCUAGCGCCCUCUACUGUCCAGGGCAGGAUGAGGGACCCUGCCUGGUACCGGGACAUGCUGACCUGAAGGACUGCAGCAGUCGUCUCAGCCUGUGACACGUCUCAGCCUGUGGCACGCAUCUAAAACUUUUGUGGGCCCCCCCCCCCCUUUUUUUUUUUCUUCUUUUCUUUUCUUUUGAACGCCCUAACACAGAAGUCUCACCCUCCACCCGAAUCCCUUUUGUUGGAAUCCAGCUGAUCUGAAUACAGACUCAUGUUUAGUGUUUAAUAUGUAAUGCCGGGGACACCUGUACCAAGGCAAGAACAGGACACCACCUUUCUUAAAUUACACGACGGAGUGUUGCAUUUUUAAUAAGGCUAUUUUGGAAAAUGUAUCCAUGAGUACUUAUUCGGCAAGUUUUAAAUACUGAGUCCCUCGUUGAAGCCCGGGGGAGCCAGGACUGGUCAGUGUUUGUACUCAUUGUCUUUGUGGACUUAGGAAAGCCUGCAGAUCUCUCCCUCCAUCAAUAAUUUAUGAAUGAAGAGCUAAUGGUUUUAAAUGUUGACUGAAUGUGCACAGUUUUGCUGUGGAAGGAACGCCCCUUGGUCCAUGGAGUCGACUGUCUCCUCCUCCACCAUGAAUAAGCAGUUGGAUAUUUUUGUUCUUUUUUUUAUUUUUUUAUUUUACAUUGUACUCUCUAAAUCCCUGAAGUACCCCUCUCUGAUCACAAAGCCAUAAUUAUGUGUUUUGCUACAAAUGUGGAUUUGGGUUCCUCAUACAACCUUAAAAUAGUUUCAUGUUUUUUGUUAUUGUUGUUCUGGGUUAUCAGAGGAGUAUGUGUCAAAAUUCCCAUGUGAGAAGUCCAGGACAAGGGCCUGCCCUAAGUGCAGAAUGAUUACUGAUGGGAACGUUCUGAUAUGAUUAGAAUGAUGGGAAGGUUCUGAGAUUAUUAGAAUGAUGAAAAGGUUCUGAGAUGAUUAGAAUGAUGGGAAGGUUUUGAAGGAGUAGCUGGGCUUGGCGCUGGUCCAGCCGAAACUGGACCGGGUGCAGAUCUGGGCACCGUCUGGUCUGGAGUGAGCUGUGAUCGUGUUCAGCCUCUAAGACCCUUAAAGUCUAAAGAGCUGGACUGGUCAGAUGUCUGGGGGAGACAGUUGUUAUGACAUCUGUCACACGUGCACAGCACCAUCUUUUCAUAGCCUGGGGAACAGAAGCAGAGUGUUGCUCAAAUGGUAGCUGGGGGGAAGGGGCAAGAAUGCCAAAAUCUCUCAGUGGUCUCUGAGUACUGUAAGAUGGUGGGCAGAGGGAAGAGGUUGUGAUUCUGUUAUGAGAAGUGUGCGUACACACACACACACACGCGCACACACGCACGUGCACACUCACUCUCGUUUGACCAUCUCCACUCCCUGCUAAGGCUUGUCUGUCUCUUUUUUCUUCUUAUUUUUUUCCUUUUUCCACCAGUCUUUGUAUUCCUGUUCUCUGUUGUGUUAGCUCCUCUGCUUUUCUAUAUUAAUUGAAUCAAGCUGAACCUAGACACAAUUUAUAUACAGUGAAAUUGAAAUGAUUUCCAUGAGACCAAGUGACCUCCGACUUUUAAAGAUGUACAAGUGCAAGAAUGAAGCCUGAGUUAUUCUUAGACCAAGAGCAUCUGACUGAGGAAAGGAAAUUAUUGUCUCUUGCGAGUGUACAAGGUUGCAGUAUAAGUCACUACAAUCUGAAUGGGAACGACCCCAUAAACAGCAAUGAUCCAAAUUUUGUACUCCAUCAUACCACAUAAAGAAUAGAAAGCAAACACCCACACCCACACCCACACACAAACAAAUCAGGAUGUGUUAGCUUGUAAGAAUGGGUAGGCUAUAUCCUGGAGUUAAGUCCAGAUUGUUUUUUAUUAUUCACCUACACUGAAAACGAAUGGAAAGAAGGACGUUUUUGAACAACAUGUACAGAUAUAAAAUUAGGCGAUUGUUACAGCUGUGAACUUUUUUGAAGUAUGUACCCUCCAUCCCAUUUCCAUGUGGACAGCUUAGUGACAAUAAAACUCUCCGACACUCUCCUAUGUUUCCCUGCUUUCUGCUUGUGCUCUGGAGUCCAAAAGAGAACCAGCAAACUGGAGAAGGGGAGUGAUGUCUACAAUUAUUUCCUAUCUUGUCUGAGUUUAUUAUUUAAAAAAUGUCUUCUGGGCACUGUCAGCUGUGUGCAGUUUGUAUUAUAAACUGUCUAGGACAUCAAAAGUUUUUUUUUUUUUUUCUUUGGAUGUGCAAUGUUUUUUGUGUUGGUUUUUAAGACAUUGUGUAUCAUACAGUUUGAACAUUAAGUAUGUAAUUAAUCGUUAUUAUUAUUAUAAUUCUAAAGAUAUUUGGUGGAACUGUAUGCCUCUCUCUUGUGUGAGUACUAGCAAUGUUUAUGAAUUUGUCAUGGAAAAAAUCUUCACCGAAGUCUGUGACUAUGACGCCUCUCCUCUGCUCUGAGGUCAGGGCGCUGAAUUUAACUUGAGACCAGCAGCAAGUCACACACUGUUAAUUAAUCACAAUGUUUGAAGAAAUGUUUGUUAUGUGUUGGUGAAAUCUAUACGUUCUGACAAUUGAAUUAAACCUGUAAAGUUGAACUCGAUUUGUUUUUCUAAAGAUGUGAAAUAUUUCCAUUAUGUUUUAUAAGUAAAGACUUAAGCCCCAAA